AUGGCUACACUUGUUGUUGCCCUCAGUCGGAUCCUAGGGCUCAUAUCGUGCCCCAUCAUCAUAGGCGCUGAUGCAAAUGCAUUCUCGACGAUGUGGUUUAGCCGUUUCACCGAUCACCGUGGUCGUCUGGUCGAGCAGUUGAUCGACUCCAAGGGGCUGGUUUGCGUCAACAAGCGCUCUCCGCACACGUCUUUCAAUGGUCGUAGGGGCCGUACAAACAUUGAUAUCUCCCUAUGCUCUGUCGGUAUUGCGGAUGAGAUUGUAGACUGGGAGGUCAUCCCCGAUGUCACGUCAAGCGAUCAUAAUGUAAUUCGUUUUGCUUUCGGUUAUAGCAGGCCCCCUUUUGUCGCCAAACCUUCUAGGUUUGAUACUCGUCGAGCUGACUGGACUGCAUUCAAUGCCUUCCUGGCUACUGUCUCCCUGCCGGCCGUCCAGGAUCCCAAUGCCCUUGCGCUGGCCGUCGCUUCGACCAUUUCGGCAGCAGCUGCUCACGCUAUCCCGGUCUCUCCCGAGCGUUCCACUCUUAAACCUCCAUGGUGGAACGCCGACGUUCAUCUUGCUAGGCGUCUGUUAAAGGUCGCCGCUCGGCGUCUUAGGCUCGACGGCCCAGACGGUUUGCCUCGCUACCGUGCUGCUAGGAACGCCUAUACGGCCACCCUUCGGAGGGCUAAGACCGACUCUUGGAGGGCGUUUUGCACUAUCCAUGGAGCCUCUCCAUGGGGCAAGCUGUACAAAUGGCUGAAGAAGGGCCCCCGGCCAACCGAAUUGCCUCCUUCCCUUAGACGUCCGGAUGGCUCAUUCACUGGUAGUGUUGCGGAAACCCUUGAUACACUCGUUCGGGUCCUUAUACCUAGUUCCGUUGACGAUUCUCCCCUACCCCCUGUCGCCUUUUUCCCUCCUCCUCACCCCAUCUCCGAGGAUAUCAUCAAAAGCAAGAUUUGGAGGAUCUCACCCAACAAAGCACCCGGGCUCGAUCGAAUAACCGGUUGCGUUUUGCGUCAGGCUUGGCCCUCAAUGAAAGACCAUAUCGUUCGCCUUUUCAAUGAGUGCCUCAAGUUAGGCCACUUUCCUUCGGCCUGGAAGACUGCCGAUGUCGUUGUCAUUAAAAAGGGCCCAGACAGGGACCCUUGUCUCCCCGGCUCUUACCGUCCAAUUAGCCUUCUACCAACCUUGGGGAAAGCCUUCGAGCAUGUUAUCCUGGAUUCAAUUUUAAUGGACAUUAGCCCGCACCUUACUGGCCUGCAAUACGGCUUCACCCGUGGCAAAUCCACCUCCGACGCCAUCAAUGACCUGUUGUUGUGGGCUUCCGGCAGGCUCGAGAAGCAUGUUCUGGCGGUGAUUAUGGACAUCUCGGGGGCCUUCGACAACAUCAGUUGGUCCUCCUUAAUCGAAGACCUGGCCCAGCUUGGCGCUUCCCCACUGUCCCUUGCCCUUGUUCGGAGUUACCUAGCUGGUAGGACGGCCUCCUUCACCUAUGGUGGCCUCCGUUCUUUGAUCAGUCUAACUAGAGGAUGUCCUCAAGGAUCGAUCCUCGGCCCUGUUCUUUGGAACGUAACCAUGGAGGACCUCUUGAGGAGGCCCGUUCCGCCCUUCGCGCGAAUUCAAGCAUACGCCGACGACGUUGCUGUCGUCGUUUCCGCCAGCACUAGGGCCCAGCUCAUCCAGCGGGCGUCCGCCAUCCUUGACCUCCCCCUUUCCUGGGGCUCGGUCAGAGGUCUCACUUUCUCGGCUGCCAAAUCAAAGGCCGUUGUCCUUAAGGGUGGCCUGUCCCCCGGGUUCACCAUUCCUUUUGGUGAAAGCAGAAUCGUGUCGGUCCAAUCGGCCAAAUUCCUUGGCCUCCGUAUUGGUCACGACUCCACUUUCCGCAGCCAUAUUACUGAGGUCUGCAGCAAAAGCCAGGACCUCUUCUCUCGACUGAGGGGCGUCUUUGGGCAUGACUGGGGUCCCUCUUGGAGGAACACCAACCUCCUCUACGAUGCAGUUUUUAUCCCUCGCAUCGCCUAUGCCGUGAGGUUCUGGUACACGGCUACUCUCCCUGUCGUAGUUAGGAAUAAGCUGACGUCUUUGCAGCGCCCGGCACUCAUUGGCAUCUCCUGCGCAUAUCGCACUGCAGCUUCGGAGGUGUUGCAGGUGAUCACAGGCAAAUUUCCCCUCGACAUCGAGCUGACAUACCAGGCUGCCAGACAGAACUCUAGGUCCCUCCCGGUCAUUGAUAGAUCGGCUUACAUUUCUGCUGCCUAUGAUCGCGCGGUUGUGACAUGGCAGACCCGCUGGGAUGCCUCAUUCAAAGGGAGAUGGACCCAUGAGUUCAUUCCGGACGUUCGCCUGAGGCUGGUAACCCCGCUCUG